AUGACGGAGGGAAAAACUAAACCAAAGUCCUUGCUACAAACAGCAAGCAGUAAGAAGCUUGGAGCCACGAAGAAAGCCUUGCAUGUGAUUCAAUCAAACGUUAGAGCUCCUGUGAAGAAGAUUGAGACAGUUCCAAGGUCUGAUGAAUCCAAAGUUUCCGCACUCACUGCCUCCGUGGUGGAAGCUGUCCAACCUGCCAUGGUCAGAGAAGUGGGAAAUCUCGGUGAGAUUGAUGUACCCCCUCCCAAGAAGGAGAUUAAGAAGACUUCGUUUGAUGGUCCUAACUUUCGAUCCGGUAAAAUCAAGUUUGGUCUUGGUGCUGCGCGACGAAUCACCCCACAACCCAAGACGGUCGCCCAUCGAUUGAUGAAGGUACCCAGUGGACGUCGAGGCGUGGAAGUACACAGGGGAAUUGUCAUUUCGGCACCUUCUCCAAUGUCACUAGAUCGCAUUCAAGUUCAGUAUGGGCAAGAGAAAGUACUUCCAGAAUCCAAACAGGUUCUUGCCGAAAAGGAAGCCAAGCGAAGACAACAAGAACGAGAGGCUCGAGAAGCCCAAUAUCAAAAGGCUAUCGAUCAAGUCAGGAAGCAGUUGCAAUCCGAUGCAUACAAUAAACACGGUGAAGGCUUUGAAACUCAGAUUGACGAUUUUGAUCCCAUUCAGGUAAUUGAUGCUGAACGAGAGGUUCUUGCCGCCAUGAUAGAGCAAGUUGGGCCAUCACGUGAUUCUCCCAGUCAUAUGGCUGAGGCUCGAUUCCUCGCUCGUAAAGCUCUUGCCUCAGCUCGCAAUGGUAAAUCCCGCGGAGGGGGAGAUCCAAUGAUAAAUUUCUCAACAACCAGAGGAGUCCCAGUUUCAGAAAUUAUGACAGGCAAGAAGAACAAUAGCGAUGAGAGUAUCUCGACCAUCGGGAACCCACAUGUCAAGACCAAUGCAUUGGUGGACUCCAUGGAUUCCAGUAAUGGCACUGCUGCUUUGAUGGAGCAUGCACGAAGUGGUGCGUGCGCAAUCAACGGCGAAAGGCUAAAGCAACACACUGGUGAUAUGAACUGCGGUGCCUUGCUGGUUGGUGCCGUUCUCGGAGGUGCCGUCGUUGGUGACAACGCGGAAGUCAACGAGCGCAAUGUUCCUGGCGCUCCAUCACUUGAUUUGGACGAUGACGAUGUUGUUGACCUCACUACAAAGCAAGAUGCAGCUCGCAAGCAGACCAGAGCUACAUCGCCACGACCUGAGGAUCGACGAAUUGCCGUGCGUUCAGAUCGAUAUUCUGUCCCAGGAGCGGAAACCAGCAGUAUGCCUUUGAAUGGUGCCAACCUAUCGUCUCCCCGUUCGAUGGGGGGGAUUGAUGGCGAACUUAAUGCUACUGGCUCCAACCGAAACGGAACCAUCAAUUGCGUGGAUAUGCAUCCAAGCGCAGGUGUGAUGUGUGGAGCAGUACCAUUGUACUUCAUGUACAAAAGCCAAAAGGAUGACGACAGCAUUCGCGCUUCCAAGAUGACGGCUGUCGUGAGGAGUAAGAAUCUUGAAGAGCUACAGCAGAAGGUUGAAGAGGCGGAAGAUAUUGCCGUAAAUGAUUCCAAGAAGACUCCAAAAUCUGAAAACGCAAAGAACAAACAAAUUCUUGACAAGGAUGAUGCAUACUGGGACACACUGUCUACCAUUGCUUCUACGAGAGGCUUGGACGAGAAAUUUGCUCCCGCCAAAGCCAACCCCGCUGGUCCAAUUCCGGUUGAAAUUACAGCAGUCAACGACAAAACCGACGAAAAGAAAGAAAUCGAUGCCCCAAAACCAAAGAAGAAGAAGAUCAAAACCAAGCUCAAACCAAAGACCCCUGAAACAAUGGCAGUGGAAACUGUAGAAGCAACUGAAAGCAACGAAAAAUCCAACGAAAAAUCCAACGCAAAAGACACAACACCAAAGGCUUCUGCCACGAGAUCGGAGAGGCCGAAGGUGGAUGCUGAAGGCAAAACUGGAGCAGAGCCUAUUGCUCCAACUAGCAAUGAGAAUACAAAUUCCCUUAAUGCCAUGCCCCAAAACUCCACCCCCAAGCACAAGAAUAACCAAAAGACUAUUAAUUGGGAAGACGAGGAAGUUUACAAGGCCGAUACAUCAAAACGCCGAAGGGGUUCUGUGUACGACGAGGAGCCCCCGAUUGAAGAGGAUGUGCCACCUCCUUUGGGUUACAAAGAAGAGCAGGAACUCCUUUCCAGAACUCUUCAACUAUCGAAGGAUCUUCUAGCUUCCUUAGCAAACGAUGAAGGUGAACCUGCAUUAAAUGGCAAAAGACACUUGUCUGUUGAAACCGGUCCUUCGUUCCAUGAGACUAAUACCUUUGCAUCGAACGAGGACUUCCCGAUCGAUGUGGAAAAACUGCUUGCAGAAUAUGGAUACGGGAAUGAUAUCGAUGAAGAGGAAGUUAUUCCGGCCCCUGUGAACUACAGCGCCCCUGCAAACUACAGCCAAAACGAAUACCGUCACAGUGUUCUAGAUGAGAGCAUGGAUGAUUCGUUCAGGAGUCCAAGAACCCCCCAGAUCCUUUCGAAAUUGGACGUACUACGGGCUCAGAGAGCCCAAGCCUUGGCACGUUUCCAGCAUUCAAAACAGUUUGUUGCAGGUGAGCCGUCAGACAUUAACCCUGAACAACUUUAUGACCAUGAGCCCAUGCAAUCUAUUGGCCACGAGGCUCAACAGCGCCAACCAGUCAGGUUCUUUGACCCUUCGAUGGCUUCGCCUGCUGUUGGCUCACAUCAUUUGAUGCGCAUUGAAGAACGGGAAGAAGUCGAGUCUGAAGCUUCCGCCACACCUUCCAAGAAGGCACAAGAUUUGCGCCGACAGCUCGAUGAGGCCCUCGUUGCAUCGCGCGAGAUUCGCAGAUCUCAAGAGAAGCUUGGAAAUGAACUACACACUUUCAAAAGCAGGUUCAGCCAAAGGAAUGGAGAGAUCGAAGACCAAGCGCUUCGAGCAAUGAGACCUAUAGCAGGUAUCCGCCAUGGAGAGAUCUGA